CAUCAAGAUUUGCGCUAUAUAAAGCGGAACGGGAAGAAACUCAAAACACCACACACACACAUUCUCUCUGUCUUUCGGACAUCACUCUCUCUCUCCUCAAUCAACAUGCAAGUUGUCGCCAUCCUCUUGGUUUGCUUGGCCGCCGCCAACGCUUUCUACCUCCCGGCCUCUUAUGUGGUCCGUGCUCCGGCCCACGAUAGCGCCAUCAUCAAGUCUGACCGUCUUGGAGGCAACUUUGCUUACUCCACCGUUGAGGGACACGCAUACGCUGCCGUUACUCCCGUCGUUCAGCGCGUCCUCACACCUGUCGGAGUCUCCCAUCACGCCAUCGCCACCCCAUAUUUCGGCUAUCCUUAUGGCCCCCAGUUCGUAGCUCCCGCUCAAGUUGACGCUAAGGCUGGACAGGCUAUCUACGUUGCAUAAAUAAGACGCAAUUGAUAUGUAAAAUUUAAACUUGUCCUGUUGAUUGAGAUUUUUUUA